UCUGCGAAGUUGAUAUAGACAUUUUUAGCUUCUGUAGCAACGAUUUGAGGGUAGGAAGCUUGCGUCAACAUGCCACCCAAGAAGAAGAAGGGAAAGGGGAAGGGAAAAGGGAAGAAAAAGGGAAAGAAGAAGGAUGACGCACAACUGGAGCUGGAGGACAAGUACAAGAGAACCAUGGAUGAAAUCAACGCCCUCAAAGACCACCUGGCAAUCCGACGAGAGUUCACGAGACGGGCAAAGUCGGCCAGCGCGGACAUGGCCAAAAAAAUGGAAGAGGCGGAAAAAGAGCUGGAAGAGCAUAAAGAUGACCAGAAAGCUAUUAAUGCAGACAUGACGCGCCAGUACAAGACCAUGCAGACAGAGAUGGGGCUGAGGAUACACCAGCUGGAGACGGAGCUGGGCCGGACAAGGACGCAACUUAGUUCAACAGAGGCCGAGUUGAGGAAAAGCUAUGAAGAUCGUAAAAAGAUGAUGGAGGAAAGGGAAAAUGAAAUUGUGGAUUUAAAAUUGAAGAUUGAUUCAAUGGAACAAGCUUAUGAAAAUGUGUUGAGGGAGGCCCUGGACACUCUGAUGCAGAAGCUGGACGUGGCCAAGGGUCAGUGGGAGGAGCAGUCGGCCAUGAUACAGACCAAGAACAAACAGACGCUGCUCGAGUUCGGCCUCAAUCCACUCGACGUCUGACGGCUCAACUGACGGGCCAGACGUCUGGCGGCUCAACUGACGGGCCAGACGUCUGACGGCUCAACUGACGGGCCAACUGGACAUGUGGAGAACCCCUGUAUGGUAUCGUGGGGAAAUCAGGCGCUCGUCAAAAUAAUGACAUUGUCAGAAGAAACAGCCACGUUUUCAUCCGUUGGAUUUUCAUCAAUUUUUAUAUUUUUUUAGGAACUCAUUUUUCCCCUCCACUUCAAAUUGUGAUGGCGAACUGCAACAGUUCAAAUGGAAAAUUUUGUGGAAAUGAAGGGCUAUGUGUAAAAAAAUGAAGGGCUAUGUGGCUAUGUGUAUCUUGGGACACAGAUGAGAAUGUGUCAGAAGUAAUGACAACUUAGAAGGCUAUAAAAUUUGAUCAACGAUUCAAAAUUGGUGUAACAUUGUGGGUUGCUAUGAAUGCACAUUAUAAAUAGAGAUAUGGGCAUCGGUUUGAUCAUUUUGAGAAAGUCACAUUUCUGUCAAAGAUAUUCUAUAAUGUUAUUAUUUCUUGUUAAGUUCAGAGGUAAGUGAAAACAAAUGUCUCAAGUGUACCCCUUUUACGACAACCGAAUAUAUACAUGCAUGUCUCAGUAUUUUACUGACCAGCGAUAUGUCUCAGUAUCUUACUAUAUACCAGGUACCGGGGGAAAUCAUCAAUCAUAUCCGGCAAAUGUAACACUUGACUUGUACAUUAUUAACUGAUCUAGUUGUCCACUUUCUUUUUCCGGAAUAAUGACUUGUUGUCUAAAAGAUGGGAUAAGAUUUCAUUCUCUACUGGUAAAUUUCUGAUCUCCUGACAGCAUUGAGUCAACGGCUGUCUGUCACGUCGGUGCCACUCACAGAGGACGCCGCACCCUCUUAGUCUUAGGGGAAGUUUUCUUUCAAAAAGAUUGCAGUCGGACAGAUAGACGUGACCACAUGUUGCAUCAGGCUGAACUUAUGACCUUCUGGUUGCUUCUUAACAACGCAAAAACUCUCCCCAAACCGCGGCUGUUCUUUGCAAGGGUAUUCCAUUGUUCCUUCCUUGUAUUCUUUCCCUAUCUUAUCAACUGAUGUCUCCAAAACGAUUUCAUUUAAGGCAACUUUGCUUUUGUCAACAUUGUCAAUGUAAUAAAUGUGUGUGUUUAUGUCAACAUUGUCAGUGUAAUAAAUGUGUGUGUUUAUGUCAA